AUGGCCUCGGAAAACGCGGUUGCGGGUCCGUCCAAAGAGCGCGAGUCCAAGGCGCCCGAGCGCGUCCCCGUCAAGGGAUACAACUACGAGGAGGACUAUGAGCCCGACCACCCCCAGAAGCGGUACUACAUCACUGUGCCGUCGACGAUGCUUGCGAGCACGCCGAUGGCAAUGGCGAUCGGUUUCUUCCUCGGUGCGCGUAGGGGUGCCGUCAAGGCGCGCUUGCAGUUUUUGGCAGAGAACGCACACCGACAGCCCACUACCAUCCAGGGAUGGUACUUCUACACCAAGACGCGCAAUUAUCGCGUCUUCUUCGCUGCGUGCAAAUAUGGCGCGCGAUAUUCUUUGGGUCUUGGUGCUGCUGCGCUCGCAUUCACUACGGCGGAGGAGUAUAUCGGAUACCGGCGCGAGAAGCACUUCCCAAAGGCGAGCGACGCAUUCGCGACACCCGUUGAUCCCAAGCGCACCAGCUGGCGCAAGGGCCCGCCACACAUCGAAGAUGGGAUGUUGGCGGGGAGCCUUCUGACUCUGUUCGCGGGUAUGGCUUACCGCCUGCCGAACCCCCUCCUCAUCCGCGGCGUGCUGGUCGGAUUCACGCUCGGAUCUAUCUUCUCCGCUGGCCUGAUCGUGCAGGACAAGCUGGCGUACAGCAUCAGGAUGCGGAAUGCGGCGGACGCGGCUGUCGAGGAGGUGCUCGAGGAGAACCCCGUACCAGACCGUCCGACCGAGAAGGAGCUGGAGAAGGCGGACGGGAAGGAGAAGGACGCGCCGGCGACUGGGACGAAGGAAGGUUCGGGGACAGAGCGGAUGGGCUGGUUCGAGUGGGCGAUGGACAAGGUCCGUCUCAAGGACGACAAGGACACAUAG